GGAUUACCUCUCAGUCUUAUAGUAUGCCUCGGAAUUCAUUUGUUAUCAAAUCUAAAACAUUCAAACUUAAUCCAGACAAACAAAUAAACAACAACAAAAAAGGAAAGAAAAAAAAACUCCUCAGAGAAAAUGUGUCACUUCAAGUGUUUGAGGAAUCACAAGAAUUUCUUUAUCUCCAGACAGAGUUCAGAAAUAGGCUGAUGUCUGUUGAAAAUGAAACUGUUUUGUGGUUUGAAAAACGCCUGUAAACUUCACUUAAAGCACGUAUAUGAUCAAAGUGAAACUCCAAUCUGGAGUGGGUGGUUGCUCCAUACUGAAUGUACAAUAUGCAUUUUUUACUGCUGACUGUCUACAUUCCCAGUAUCAGUCGAAAGGAUCAGACUCUUUCUCUUUGUGGCAGCACACAAAAGCAAUGGGAGAUAAGCCAUCUAAGUGUGCUGAAGCUCCACUCCUUGAUGAACCAUGGAGGCAAAUAAACUGGGGCAAAGACAAACAGCGUGAUCUGCAUUACAUGAAAAACUUUAAACAUCGGACUGAAGGUCAGCAGCUCAGGAUUCUUCUCCAUGGUCCACCUGGAGCUGGAAAGUCCAGUUUCAUCAACUCUGUACAAAGUGUCUUACUAGGCAGAAUGUACACACUGGCUUUGGCAGCCAACAUUGCUCAUGAAUGUUUCACCAAACAGUACUCAACCUACGAGAUCCAAAAAGAAAACCCAGAGACCUUUUACCCUUUUGUCUUCAAUGACACCAGAGGCCUGAGCCAACACAGAGGUGUCCUUGCAGAUGAUGUCAAACUGGCUUUGAGGGGACAUGUGAAGGACGGUUACAUGUUCAAUCCUGAAUCUAAACUGUCAGAGGGAAAUGAGUUCUACAACAAAUCUCCAACUGUCAACGACAAAGUGCACGUUCUGGUUUGUAUCGUUCCUGCUGACACAUUAUCUUCAAUGAGCGACAAAACUGUGCAGAAACUUCGGGAUAUCAGAUUGGAAGCCAGUCGUCUGGGGAUUCCUCAGGUCACCGUUCUCACCAAAGUUGAAGAGGCCUGUCCAGAGAUCAAGAGAGAUUUAAAGAACGUCUACAGAAGCAUAAACCUGAAGGAGAAGAUGCAGAAGUUCAGUGCAGACGUGGGUAUACCCAUGAACUGCAUCUUUCCUGUCAGAAACUACUACGAAGAAAUCGACCUCUAUGAUGAUACUGACACUCUAAUCCUGAGUGCCAUGAGGCGUAUCAUUGACCACGGAGAGGACUUCAUCAACAGGAAAACUGUGUAGUAUUUGCUUUUCUGUUGACUCUGUCAUUUGUCUGUAAAAUAUUUUGUUACUGCAUUUUUUAUAAAGUACAGUAAGGGAUGAUUAAUGCAUUGGGAAUCAUUUUAAGGCCAUUUUGACUGCAAGUGGUGGGUUUUUCUUACAUAAAUUGUAGUAACAAUCAAAAUAUAUCUAAACAUUUUUGUCGGUGAAACAAAAGCAUUACAUAUUAUAAAGCACAACAUUAAAAAAAAAUGUGUAAAAGUUAGAA